AUGUCAAUUCUACUAAUUCUCAUCACUUUAUUGUUACCAUGGUUGAUCAAGAAAAAUGUAUUCAACCACCACCCUCCAAAAAACCAACCACCAUCUCCGCCGAAUCUCCCGGUGAUCGGAAACCUCCACCAACUCGGCGCGUUGAUUCACCACACCCUCCAAACCCUAGGUGCGAAGCACGGCCCGGUCAUGCUCCUCCACUUCGGCAGCAAGCCCGUGCUCGUGAUCCAGUCAGCCUACGCGGCCGCGAAGUUUCUCAAAGAGAACGACCUCGUCUUCUCAGACAAGCCCCACAUGAGCUCCACACGCCGCCUCAUGUACGACCGCAAGGACGUGAUCAUCGCCCCCUAUGGCGAGUACUGGCGGAAGCUGAAGAGCAUAUGCGUUCUUCAGCUUCUCAGCAACAAAAGGGUUCAAUCUUUCAAGUUUAUUAGAGAGGAAGAGACAGCUCUCUUGUUAGAAGAGAUUAAAUCAUGUUGUUUGUCUGAAACGGCGGUGGAUUUGAGCCAACUGUUUGACUUGCACUCGAAUAAUGUGAUUUGUAGAGCUUCUUUUGGGAGGAGGUUUGGGGAAGGGAAAAGCGGGAGGAGGUUUAUGAUGGCGCUGAGGGAACUGUUCCGGCUGAUGACGAACGUGGAGAUCGGGGAGUUUGUUCCGUGGCUUUCGUGGAUUAGUCGGGUUAAUGGUUUUUAUAAAAGAGUUGAUAAGGUGACGGAAGAGCUUGAUGAGUUUUUGGAGAUGGUGGUUGAAGAAUGUUAA